AUGACGUACGACAACGAUGCCGAAGAUAGAGGCACGUCCGGUUCGCGAACACCGCUCCUGGGAAGUUCAUCGCACCAGAGAAUAGGACAAGAGAGUGAAGGUCGCAGAUGGACGCUGAUGACGGUGUUACAAUUCUUCGGUGGGGGUAUCUACGCUCCUGACCCGACCACGUACGACCCCUUGGAAAUCCUUCUGAAUACUGAAGAUGAAGACGAGCGAGAUGACCUUACUAUACGAUGGAGAGACAACAAAUUGAGUGAGCUCAACUUUGUUGGUGUUGUGUCUGCUCUUUUAGCAGGCGUUCUUACCUCUACAGGGAGCUGGCCUAAUAUCCUACCAAACGGAAAAGAGUCACCAUGGUCUGUGCGCACUUCGUGGUAUUGUGGUAUUAUACUAUCGCUUUUCAGUAUUCUUACAGCUGCCGAUCAAACCGUACGAUUGCACCGCCUUUCGUCACAUCGGGAUGGACUGAGCAACAUACGCAAGUUACUUUCCAAGACCAAUGGCGAGAGGAAACACUCAUCAAAGACUGGCCGUCGGACGCCUAGCUUGCUCCAAAUCGUCACAUGGCAAAUGCCAGUGAUGUUUCUAACAUCGGCUACCCUCUGCAUGAUCGUUGGGAUGUUUCUUCACGUCUGGUCUGCAACCACGCACUUGAAGCAUCCGACCAUGUGGGACGAUAACACCAAGGUUGCGGUCACGUAUAGCACAGUCGCUAUCGUUGCAGUCGCAUUGUUUUUCGUCGGCCAGGUCUCACUAUACUCGCCGCUCCGACGAUAA